AAACUGUUUGAUUUUUCAUAAGAAUCUAUCUACUACUUCAAAGUAAAAAACUGAAGCCUAAUCAGUCAAAUCAAAGUUUAUUAAUUGUAUGCACCUAACAUUAUUUGACUUUCUCAAACUCAAAACACACAUUUUUCUUGAUUUUUGUACGCUGAGAAAUUUUUUGGAAGCAAAUCAAGAUUCAACAUCCAUUGUAAGCAGCCAUGUCUUUGGCAAUCUCUCAGCUUUCUUGUUUUUCUUCAAUCAAUCGCAGAUUAGUACAGUUUCAUAGUCGACCAUUGCACCCAUGUUCUACUUUUCCCCUAAAGGUAAUUGCUAUGAGUAACGAUGGGCAUGGCACAGAUGAAUCCAGUUUAAAGAACAGGACCACAUUAAGUUAUGCAACAGAUUCAUCGCAAUCACUUAAUGGGACUGCAUCAAACUCAUAUUCUGCACUAGAAGAAAAUGUCACUGAGAAAGAAAUAAAUGAGUCAGUGCAAGAGAACUCCAGCAGCCAGCCAAAAAAGGCUGCAAAAAUUCAUGAUUUCUGCUUAGGAAUUCCCUUUGGUGGUCUUGUUUUCACGGGAGGACUUAUUGGUUUUAUUUUCUCAAGAAAUCCUGCCACAUUAAGCAGUGGUGUUCUUUUUGGAGGUGCAUUAUUGUCCCUCAGCACCAUUAGCAUGAAGGUGUGGCGGGAAGGGAAAACUAGCUUUCCGUUCAUAUUGGGUCAAGCAGUACUUGCUGCGGCCCUUCUGUGGAAAAAUAUGCAGACCUUCUCACUGACAGGAAAAAUGUUCCCUACUGGCUUCUUUGCUGCCAUCAGUGCUGCAAUGUUCUGCUUCUACUCUUAUGUGAUACUGUCUGGGGGUAAUCCACCACCUAAGAAGUUGAAGGCAUCUACUUCAGGGGCAUAUUAGUGAAAAUCGUUGACAGUUCUUCAGUGAGCAAAUCUGUUAGUUUGCGCGAGUUACAUGUUGGCAAUGAGGGAGAGUGAGCAACGUUUCGAUAAUAUUGGUCUUGGAAUGUAGAAUGAGUUUGCUAAAAUGUCAUAGGAGUUUGUUCAUUAGCAACUUGCUGGUGGCAGAAUGAAUGUUAUAAUAGCUUGGAUUAUACAAAUUGUUAUGUAUGGAUCAUUUUAAGUACUUGAAGCAUAGAAUUCAGUGUUUUUUUCUUCAUA